AUCCCGUUCACUUCCGGUGACACUUCGAGUCACGUGAAGUCAGUUAGAAUGGCGUACUUCGGGUAGGGUUAGGCAUAUCUGUAGGCGAAUAUAGUUUUUGACAAUGACAGAACUACUUUUCAAGGUGAUCAUAAUAGGCGAUGCAACUGUAGGGAAAACAAGCUUUGUCAAACGUUACGUGAAUAACCAUCCAGGACGAGACUACAAACCAACUGUAGGAGUUGAUUUUGCUUUGAAAGUUAUCAAAUAUUCGGAUGAUACCACAAUACGACUUCAGUUAUGGGAUAUUGCUGGUCAGGAAAGGUUUUCAACGAUGACAAGAGUCUACUAUAAGGGAGCUGCGGCUUGUGUCAUAAUGUUUGAUCUGACAAGUCAACAGACAUUUAAUAGUACAAUAAAGUGGAAGAGAGACUUGGAUAGCAAAUGUACACUUCCUGAUGGAAAGACAAUCCCAUGUAUAUUAGUAGGGAACAAAAGUGACUUAUCAAGUACAAGGCCCAUUGAGAAAGAAGCAAUUGACAAGUUAUGCAGAGAAAAUGGCUUCUUGGGUUGGACAGAGAUGUCAGUCAAAGAAGAUGUCAAUGUAUCGGAGACAAUGGAAUACUUAUUAACAGAAUUGUUGGACUGCUACAAAGACAAUGAAGAAAAAGUUGCACCGAAGAACACCAGUACUGAUCAAGGAGGAUUUAUUGAACUCACAAGUCACAAGACUGCUAAAGAAAACACCAGCAGAUCAGGAUGUUGUUCAUAACUCACAAAAAAUAGAAGAACUGAUCAAGAUUUCUGUGUUUAAUUUUCUUUAACCUUCAACUCUGAGAAUGUGAUUGUUAACUCUCCCCUUCAGGUGCUGCACAUUUCGUGGUAAAUGAGUUACGAGAAUUUGGUGUUAGAUCAAGAUAACUUUUGCAGGAUAAGUUCCAGUAUUCUCAUAACUUGUUUGCCAGAUAAUUUAUUGAAAUUAUAGGGUAGAAGUUACAUAUUAAUCACUUCUAGGAGUUCAAGGGUUUACUAGUGAGAAUGCAUUAAUCUCUCAUGGUACCAUGUGGGAGAAUUUCAUAAUAUAUCAAGGGUAGUGUGACUGUAAAGUGUUAUAGCAGGCAGAUUUUUUCAAAAGUGAGUGCUUAAUUUUCAGAUCAAGUGUUGAAGCUACUAUAUUGGAUUUUCAAAAAUGAGAAAUCAUGGAAUGAGUAAAAAAGCCUACUUGGACAAGGGGAGGGAGUGUAUUAGUAAAAGAUAAUGGGGUCCCACUCCCCCACUGGGUUUUGCCCCAGGCCUUCCUCCUUCUGCCCAACCCGUUAACACUCAAUUUGAGUGUAUCUACACCAAGGGGUCCUAGGUUAUAAUGCUUAUGUGUGGUUAUCAUGCAACCAUUUGAAUUCUAUUUUUGUUACGGCAAAAAAAGUUGGAAAGGGUAGGAAAUUAAUUUUUUCAGUUUCAUGGGAGGGAGUUUCAUAGAUAGGGAAAUAAUUGAUAAUAUAUGCAAUAUGGUUUAUGUUCAAUUUGGUGUGUCUUGAAAAGUAGACAAUGUGUAUUUUUGCAUGUUUACACAGAGCUUAAAUUUGUAAUCUUUGCAUUUACCUGGUUUCAAAUGAUCUAGGUUUGCUAAACAUGCACAGUUGAUCAUACCAACCAUCAAAAAAUUUUUGAGUUGUCAAGAGUCCUUUAAAGCAGAUUGUUUUCGAUCUUCCAUUCCAGGGAAAAAAAUCAUUUUUCCCCUAGUAUUGUUGACAGGCAUUGUGAAGUGUGGUUUUUUUUUUUGCACAAUAGUGGUUUUCACUCAGCUUUGAUUUUGUUUGCACAUUAAAUACAAGGCAUGCAAAUUCUACCCAGUUAGCCUGCUGAGUACAAUUGCAUUACCAGGUUAAAAUUUUUUCAAA